GUUUUUUUUUAAUUGGUUAUACUUUAGAGAUGUGUGUUUUUGCAGUCCGAGUGUUUUUGGGAAUCCUUCUUUGUGCACCGUACCAGUGUUUGGAGUGUCCUCUUGGCUGUGAGUGUUUUGCUGUCACUCGGACAGUGAAAUGUGUUUCCAAGGAUCUACUCACGGUGCCACAAAGUAUCCCAGGAUAUGCAAAGACUGUCAUCAUCACAGGGAAUAAUAUACACCAGAUUGGACCUGAUUCAUUUGCAGAGCUGGAGAAUGUCACCAACAUCAUUUUAAGCAAUAAUAGGAUUACAGAGAUGGCAUCCCACAGCUUCUCUGCCCUCCUCAAUCUACGUUUCCUUGACCUCAACGGUAACCAACUGGCGCUCAUCCAUCCAGAAGCCCUCAACAUACCUGGCAGUCCCCUUCAGGAGCUCAACCUGAGCCGCUCGCUGUACAACUUCACCGCCCUGACAGACCUCACCACAGCGCUGCGCUGGGGUGGACUCAGAGGGCUCCUCCGCCUCGACCUUUCAGGGAACCAACUCGCCCUGCUGCCCCCGGGCAUGUUCUCCCACCUUCCUAACCUGCAGCAGCUCUUCCUCACUAACAACUCUCUGGUGGCGGUCUACAGUGGAACUUUCUCUGGCAUGAACUAUCUGCAGGUGCUGGACCUUACCCAAAAUGCCUUCAGGACAUUUGGGGGUGAUGCUCUACAAGAGCUGGAGAAGCUUGGAAACAUCCGUAUCCUCCUCGGUGACAACCCCUACACCUGCACAUGUGAGAUCCGUAGUUUUGUAGCCUGGCUGAAUGAAUCAAGAGCUCAAGUAGAUGUGGAUGCUGUCAGGUGUGCCUCACCAAGUGGGUUAAGUGAUACCCGGCUGCGUGGGCUCGGUGUCCAGGCCAUUGGAUGUGUUGUUCCAGUCCAACCAGAGGUGGCUGACCUCACCCUGCAGACAUCCUACGUCUUCUUGGGGCUGGUGCUGGGGUUUGUGGGCAUGGUCUUCCUCUUUGUGCUCUACCUGAAUCGCAAAGGCAUGAAGAAGUGGAUCAAUGAAAUGAGAGACGCAUGUCACGAUGUUCUGGAGGGAUAUCACUACAGGUAUGAGAUUGACUCUGAUCCUCGGCUGGGGCGCGUCACAGCCGGUAACUGUGGGAACAGGGCACAGGGACGUCUGGGAUUAGGUCUGUCACAGCAGCUGCCAAGUGACACCUGUAUUAUCCAGGUUCCUACAAACACACAAGUCAAACCGGUGACAACAUCUCCAUCUAUGAAGCUAUGAUGUUUUAAUGUAGCUUUAAUAAUUAGAAAAUAAAUAUGAAUUAGAUGUGAAUAGCUGGUAGAUGUACUAUAAUGAGCCGUCUGGACAUACUGCAGUUAUACUCUAUAAACCUCACCUUAAAAGUGCCUUUCUGUUGUCGAGGCACUGGAGCAUUGUAUCUGUAAAAUUACCUCAGUAUUGUGUGUUUAUCAUAACUUUUAUAGAAAUAUAACACAUAGGCUACAAUGAAAACAUUAUAGUGAUAUAGUGUGUUAAACAACCUGCCAAUUUCUGUGUUGUGCUUUUUUUCAUAAUAGUGUCAUGACUUUAAAUACCUUAACAUACUGCAGGAGACUGUCAGAAAGAUAAAUUACAUAGAUAGUAGUUUAAUGGCAUGGAAAAUGUAUGUUUACCUAAGAAAAUAUAAUCCAUAGACACACAGUGAAUUUACAGUAGGUCUUUAUAAGAUUUAAUGUGUUUCUGUAAGACUUAAAACAAUCCUUAAAUUGAAUUAUCCAUGUGUCUUUAUUGUGUUAGACUCCAUAAUGUGAUCUGUAGUACUAUAUUCAAAGGAACAGAUGUUAAAGCUACUGCCUGAUAUUAAACUUGUAUUUACACUAGUUCUAAAUAAAACAAAACUGCUGAUGUAUUUCAUUUUCUUGUGCUCUUGUUUUAUUGUGAAACCACAAGACACCGUUGCAACACAGACUCAUAUAUCUCCAGGAGAAGUGGCCCUACUAUUUCAAUUCAAAGAGGGGGGUGAUUAAG